UUUAUGAAGAAGCAUGGGAACCUCUGUGCCAAAGCUAAAUAUGAGGCAAAAGUCCCUCCCUACUAUUACAUCCCCCAGUCCUGUGAUUGCUUGGUUUUAAGAGAGCAAUGGAUUAGAGCUAAAUAUGAGCGUGAGGAAUUUGCUGCCACCCGAGUCUGCCAAGAUCCUUGUUCUGCAGGGAGCCGUGAAGGAUUCCUCUGGAAGCGUGGCAGGGAAAGCAGACAGUUCCAGAAGAGGCGAUUUCUCCUGUCAGCGAGGGAAGGGGUGAUGAAGUACUACACCAAAGAAUCCAGAGGUCCCAAAGCCAUUAUCCACAUUGAGAACCUGAAUGCAAUGUUCCAGACAGAGAAAAUCCAACAUGCUCAUGGGCUGCAGAUCACAUAUAACACAGAUGGUCAAACAAGGAACCUUUUUGUCUAUCACGAAAGCGGAAAGGAGAUUGUUGACUGGUUCAAUGCCAUUCGAGCAGCACGUUACCAUUAUCUCAGAACAACCUUCCCAGCUGUCCCUGAGCCCGAGCUCAUACCGAGGAUCACAAGAAAUUAUGUCAAAGAAGGAUAUAUGGAGAAAACAGGACCAAAACAGAAGGAGUCCUUUAAGGUGCGCUGGUUCUGCCUGGAUUCUCAAGAAAGGAAACUGAUGUACUUUAAAAAUCCACUGGACGCAUUUGCACAGGGCCAGGUCUUUAUGGGAAGGAUGGAUGAGGGCUAUGAAGUGCGAGCUGGCUUGCCCCAGGGAGUCCGAGUGAAGAAAAGGAAACCAGCCAUCACUGUGGUCACACCAGUGAGAGAGUUUGUGUUUGUAUGUGAGAAUGACAAGGAGCAGAGGGAGUGGAUAGAUGCCUUAAAUGGAGUCAUUGCCCAGCCUUUGACUGAUUAAGACUAGCACUGAGUUCUUGUGAACUGCUGUUCUUGUCUCUGUUCAGCAUUGCUCUGUGGCCUCUUUCUGUUGGCAAGGAUGGUGCCUGAGGCCCCACAGUGACUCUAGUACAAAGGGCUUCUUCCUUCAACAGCCACAGGAAGGAUGGCAGCAGAGAAGUGAG